CAACGCUCCGAGCCUUGUCAGCCAGCUGACUCAUCAGACCAGCAUAUUGAACGGUCGUCGUAUUGUCCAGAGUAGACUUCACCGGAAUACCUAAUUGGGAUUGGAUUGGUCAUCAAUCGUAAGCCGUGUCUAUCUUGGCACAACAGUGCCCGCAUACCCACCUUCAUUGUUGACCACAAUUGUGCCCACAACGCCUUUGUGACUCUGGAUCCGUUUCAGUGUCUCCUCAACUUCUUGCGACUGAAAAAUACAAUUCUAUAGCUUGUGUGUUAUAUUUAUUACGGUUAACACUUGCCAUUUUAAUUAAUUCGUUUCUCACAAAAAAUGUAAACUUGUUUGCUCAAUACAAGAGAUCAGUGUGACCGCGGAUUUGUUGAUAAAAUAGACCGUGAGAAAUGUACCGAAAAAUACCUGACAGUUCAAUAGUAUCAUGAACCAACUGGUUCCCAGCACUUGUGCUUAACCGAUAGGAACCAGUUCCAUAAAUUAAAAGUUUAAAAUUAUAUUCAUACUGUGACCGGACCAAUCAUUUUAAAAAUGAAUCCCUUGUACAUAUCCUUGAUCCUGCCGAAAAGCAAAUCAGGAAUUGUGAUAUGAAAAAAAGAUACUGCCCUAAUGACCCACAUAGCAUCAGUUUCUAAUGGAAACGCGCCAUGGAAACCAAUAAUAUCAUUUGUUUGAAGGCCGAAAGACCAAAACUGGGUGAAAAAAACAGUUUAACGGGGAAAAUCACUGUAUCAAAAUGUUACUAGAAACUCCAAAAAAAUCACCCCGAUCUCUACGUUACGUGGAUGAAGCAUUCGAUCAGAUCAGCAGAAAAAAUAACAUUAGAGACAUAGUAAUUCUCAAUAAUCUAGGGCAUCCUGUCAAGAGUACAAUGGGGCAGGAUGAUUCCGUUCAGUUUGCUGGACUAUUUCAAGCAAUACGGUGCCGACUGGAGCGAGGUAUGAAGAAAAUUGAUCCCACAGACGAACUUUUAAUGCUAAGAGUGCGAACAAGGACCAACGAGGUGCUGCUAACCCCUGACUCCAAAAUCACUGUCAUUGUCGUACAAAACGCACAGGAUCAUUUUCAAACGUAA